UACUGUGACUUACGAUCUGUAUCUUACAUUUUCAGGCCCCUUGUCACAUUUAGCUUGAAUGUACUGUCAGGGAGGCACCACAAAGGCGCGGAUGUUUGGGUUGGAGAUUUUUGAAGGGCUACCACAUAAAUUCAUGGGAGUUGGGUAUGAUUAUGAAAAGAUAUGAACAUCUUUCUUGCCACUUGUUUUGUUUUUGCUUCACAUAUAUUCUUGUCUAUCUUGGUGUAGGUAAUGAGCUCUGUGGUAAUGGUGUUGGAGCUAGAGUUGGAGCUGAACAGUAUGGAAAAGACAUGAUGAAGCUUAAACAACUUGUCAACCAGUUGUACAAUGACUCCCACAUAAAGCCUGCAAUUGUAGGACCUGGAGGAUUCUAUGAUCAAAAGUGGUUUGCCACGCUUCUUCAGGUUUCUGGUUCAGGUGUAGUCAAUGUUGUCACUCAGCAUCUUUACAAUCUGGGUCCAGAUAGUUGGAAGCAAUGGGUUCGAAGAAGAAGGAAAAGGCUGAACGAGAGAAAAAGUCAAAGAAAGUUGUGUAGCUGCUGAUCGGUAAGGAGAGGAAAUUUGUGGUCUGUUUUAGUAUUUGGAAGUUGAAAAAUGUAGAGUUGGAGAAGAAUUGGGGGCCUUUACCUUUCAAUUUUGCAGCGACAUUAUGUUUGGAUUGUAGGCUUAUAUGCAAGGAAAGUAUUGGGUAGAGAGUUUGAAGUUAUGAAUUACUUUGUUUUGGCUGCGUAACCAUACUGAACACCUAUUUCUUUUCAAUUUUGAGGAUUAUCAUAAUCCUUUAUAAUGCAGGGAAUAGUGUACAGUUGCAGGUGAACUAAACUGCAUAUAGUUAUUGUAAUGGUCUGUUUUGGGCUAGCCUUGAUGUAGGUUGGGGUGUUUUUGCCUAUUUUUGGAACUAUUAACAAUUCUAAUGUUUGACAGAAAUUAAUGCAAUGCCCCA